AUGGAGGCGGCCGGCAGCACGGACGAGACGCCGCUGGAGCUGGAGCUGGAGAGGUUUCAGCUCUCUGAGGAGUGUGGCUUCCUUCUGCCCCAUCCUCUGACAGAGCUGCCAGCACCUUAUGGGCCCUGGAUGGAGAUUGCCCACGACCUGCCUCAGCUGAUUGAGAGCCAUCAGCUCCGCUCACGAGUUCAGCAGAUGCCACAGCUGAGCUCUGGGCACCUCCGAGGGCGUGAAGAGCUGCACUUGGCACAUCUGGUGCUGAGCUUCAUCACCAUGGGCUACCUCUGGCAGGAGGGAGAGGAGGGCACUGUGAAGGUCCUGCCCAGAAACCUUGCUGUGCCCUUCUGGGAGAUCUCCCAGGCCCUGGGCCUCCCCCCCAUCCUCAGCCACGCUGACUUUGUGUUGGCCAACUGGAAGAGGAAGAACCCCAAUGGGCCCCUGGAAAUGGAGAACCUGGACACCAUCCUCUCGCUGCCCGGCGGGGCCAGCCUGCGAGGCUUCAUCCUCGUCACCCUGCUGGUUGAGAAGGCAGCUGUGCCUGGGAUUAAGGCAACCCUUCAGGCCCUUCGUGCUGUGCAGCAGGCAGAUGAGGAGGCUCUGCACAGAGCCCUGCAGCAGCUGGCAGAGGCCAUUGGGGGCAUGAGAAAAGCUCUGGAAAGGAUGCAUGACUGUGUGGACCCAGCAGUGUUUUACUCUGUGAUCCGGAUCUUUCUGUCUGGCUGGAAGGACAACCCUGCCAUGCCUGAUGGGCUCAUCUACGAGGGGGUGUGUGAGCAGCCCCUGGGCUACUCGGGCGGCAGCGCGGCGCAGAGCAGCACCCUGCACGCCUUCGACGAGCUGCUGGGCAUCCACCACAGCCAGGACACCUCUGCUUUCCUGCACAGGAUGAGGGACUACAUGCCCCCAGCCCACCGAGCCUUCGUGCAGCACAUCCAGCGUGGCCCCUCGCUCAAGCAGCACGUGCUGGGCUGCGGCUCCCGGCAGCUCUGCGGCGCCUUCAACCGCUGCGUCUGGGCUCUGGCGGAGUUCAGGUCCUACCACAUCACCAUUGUCACCAAAUACAUCACCAUAGCUGCUGCCAAGGCCAGGGCUGGGGGGGCAGGGCCGGGCCCUGGCACGGGGCUGUCCCUGGGGAAGCCCCCGGCAGCGCUCGAGGCCAAAGGCACCGGCGGCUCCCACAUCUUCAGCUUCCUCAAGAGCGUCAGGGACAGCACCAGGGAAGGGAUGAUCAGUGCCUGAGCUGCCCCCGGGGCUCAGCAGGCGCCUCUCAGAGCUGGGGGGAGAUGGGCCAAAAUCACCUGCACCCCCAGCCUCAGCAGCACCCAUCCUGCACGGGCUGGGACACGGGGGACACGCUCUGGGCUGGUGAGGGAGGAGAGCAGGGCUGCUGCUCAGCCCCACAGACACACCCCACGGCACCUGGAUGGGCUCAGCAUCCUCCCACAGC